CUCGACGUCCGUCUCCACUCAGUUCGAAUGUUCCCAAGGCCGUCCAAGCGAAAACACCGCGCGUCCGCGAAGUCUCGCCAGAGACACAGGCCGAGCCAGCACUCAGAACACGCCGAGCAUGGUAACAAUUCCGACGACGAGCAUGAGCUCGAAUCGCAGCCGGACCCGGCGCUCUUCAUCCAGGCGUACGAGGCCGACUUGGUGCGCGGCCCGCAAGCAUGGGCAGCAGCUGACUCACUCGAGGUUGUCCGAGUGAAAGAUGGGGAUCGUGAAGUAGUGAAGGCAGGGGAGGGUCUCAUUCGAUGGGGAGGGGCUGGUAACAGUAGGUACGAGGACGAGGAAGUACAAGCGGGGAAUGCAAGACAGCAGGAAAUCUGGGUGGACAGAUACGAUGCCCGCCUGCUCCUAGACGCCCUGCCCUCCAGCAUUGCGGACACACAGGAGCCACUGUCCCCUACGCUCAGCACCUCCGGCUGGUCUGACCUGCCCUCUGACUCCGAAGACACGUUCUUCUUCACCCCCGCCGAGCUCGAAGACUACCACCGCCAGAAACGACGGCGCAUUAUCGACGCCGCGCGCGAGGAGCGUCUCCGGGCACUCCGCGAGGAAGACGACACCACCUUCGCGCAGAAUCCGGAGGAAGACAGGUGGGGCGGGAGCGACGAGGAGCCCGACGCGCCGCAGCGCGAGCUCAUGCGGCGCACCGCGGUGCACCUCAGCACCUCCCCGAACCCCGCGCAGCUGGAGAUGCGCAUCCUUGCGAACCACGGCGCGGACAAGCGCUUUGCGUUCUUGAGGGGGAGGUGGUCACGAGCGUGGCGCACGGUCAAGGCGGGCGUCAGGCAGGAGCAAGCACGAGCGAAAGAGAAGGAGAGUGAGAAGCCGGCGUUGGGAGGGUUGGCGGGGUAUGGCGAUAGUGAUGAGGAUGAGGGUAGCGAGAAGGGUGGUGAUGACGAUAGGGGUGGCGGCUCUAGUAAGCGGGAGAUAGGCGAGGCACAAGCAGACGCAGCGGGCGCUAUCGCGGAAGAACAGGCAGGAGACACUGAUAAGGAGGAGGCUAUGAAGGCUGCCAGACGUGCCAAAGCAAAGGAAUGGGCUGCGAAACGGAAAGCGGCCAAGGAAGCUGAGUGA